AUGGCAAGUCUCCUCGGUUUCGGAACGAGAGUUGACGCGGUCGUUGCACUCGUCGAGGAUCGCCUUGAAGUCGGUGACGUGAUCGGCGCAACGCUCACGGAAUUGGGUGAGUUGGUCGACGUUUUCCUCGAGUGGCUCUUGCUUGUGGCUCGACAUUAUUCAGGAGAACGGUGUUACCUGCGGAAAAUCGAUGGUGGAUAUUUUUUACAAUGGGAUGAAGGAAUCAAGAGAGGAAAAAAGCGAAAAAAAUGGCAAAAAUGGAUCUUAGGGCUACCUGAUUCAAAAUAUCAUUAA